ACGGCAUCACGUGAUUUGAUUUGACGUUUGCAUCAUGGCGGAAGCAGUUGUAGAAACAUCAUUCAUGGAUCCUUUCAAAGAUAUUCUGGUUAAUUAUUUAAUGCCAGAAAAAUGUUAUGACGAGUUCUUUUUACAGUUCAAUCUUUUGCACGUGGAUUGUCUGAAGAUUGUAAUCAGCAAAGGCCUGGGCAUUGGGAUCAUUCUUGGUUCUGUAUUAGUAAAACUACCUCAGAUUCUAAAGCUGAUUGGUGCCAGAAGUGCUGAGGGACUGAGUUUUAACUCUGUGCUGCUGGAGCUGUUUGCUAUCACGGGCACCAUGGCCUACAGUAUUGCAAACAGCUUUCCUUUCAGUUCCUGGGGUGAGGCUCUCUUCCUCAUGUUUCAAACUGUGACCAUUGGUUUUCUCAUACAGCACUAUGGAGGAAACACCAUCAAAGGUUUGGGGUAUCUGGCAGUCUACUUUGGUCUGUUGGCAGUCCUACUCUCUCCCAUGACACCCAUAUCUGUUGUUACUACAAUGCAAGCCUCUAAUAUGCCAGCCAUCAUCUUUGGACGGUUAAUUCAGGCUGGUACCAACUACAGAAAUGGCCACACUGGACAGCUCUCAGCUAUUUCAGUGUUUCUGCUGUUUGCAGGCUCCUUAGCACGCAUAUUCACUACAGUGCAGGAAACAGGAGAUUCUCUCAUGGCUGUCACCUACAUCAUCUCUUCUUUCUGCAAUGGUGUGAUCGCAGCUCAAGUCCUCUACUACUGGAACAGCAGCCCUGGCCUCAGGAAGAAGACUGAGUAGAUCCAAACAACAAGCUAAUUCAUGUAGACAAAGUGCAAUGGACAGCUGAUUGGGGAAUUGGAUGCAUUCUUGUGAAAUUAAGUUCUGUCCCUUGGUCACUUGUUAAAAGAAUUCAUUGUUAGCAUAUCACUACUUACAGACAGGUACAAAUACUGUAUAAUGCACACAUUGACGUAUUCCAGGUGCCCUGAAGUGGACCAAAAAGCCGUUAUGGUCAGGGGUCCUUCCAUAAUUUUAGAAAUUCUUCCCCUUUUUUAUGGUAGUGGGCUAUUUCAUUGGAUCAUUUUUUUAGCUCAGGGAAGAGAUUAGUGUCCAUAGCAUUCUGAAAUCAAACAUAUUAAAGCUUGUGUAGUAUUACUAACAUACUGUUAAACUGCUCACUUUGCCCUGGCUCACUGAAUAUUCACAAAAAUCUAUAUAGCCAUUUUUAAUUCAACAAAUCUAUGAAUGACCAAAAAUACUGUAAAAGUGCACACAUACAAAAUAUGGGUCAUCAUAUGCUAAAGGCAGCCUUCUCAGAACGUGUUUUUUUGGUUUUGGUGUUGACAAAUCCAACCAUAUGGACACAUUAUUGCAAAGUCUUCCAGAAUCUAGAAAUGCCCAUGUUGCUAGAAAAGACAUUCUGUUGUAUUUGACAAAAUCUUUUUUUUUUUUUUUUUUUUUUUUUUUUCUUCAAAAAUCUUGGUCAUACAGUAGUAAAUGUAGCCAUUCCAACUAAUGGGAACUUGGUAAAAUAAGAGAAAUUCUCAUCAAAGCACUUUUUUGUUGUUGAUGAUGAUAGUUAUUCACCCAUCAAAUCAAGGUUUAAUCUGUCUGCAGGUAAAAGGAAAUUUUAUUUGAAUGAUGGAAAUUGCAUAUUUGCACACAUUUGAGAAUUUAUUUUCCUUUUUUUUGCUUGUGAGCAUCUGUUGUUCAUUGUUAGUUUAUUUCAUGUAUGCAAUAUUGCAAGUGGCUGUGAUUAAGAUUUUUCCAUAUGUGAAGUUGUAAUUUUGACCAUUGAGUAAAGCAUUUCCGUCAGAUAAAUUGUAGUAUUCAUUGUGUAAAAGGCUUUAAAAAAGACAAACAGUUGUUGGUAAAACAUUUAAUAAACUUUUUCUUUUAUUUGAA